AAAAGAAAAGUUAAUUUGGAAAAAAAUGUCCCGAUUAUUAUUUACACUUUACACAGCGCGGUUCGGUUCGGGUCAAGGAAACCGUUAUAAAUAAGAAAGUUGCCGCCAUUUCAAAAAUACAAAUAGAUGAUGGAGAGAGAAGCUUCAAUCUGAAAUACAAAUUACAGCUCACAUUUCAUUAUCAAUUAUCCAGUGGAGAUUUCAAAAUCGUGGAUGUUAUUUUGAAGUUGUACAGAUCUAUGUAGUUAGUUUUGGAGUCUCGCUAUUUGGAAUUGAAUUUCAAUCGCUUUGAAUCGUUACUUCGUGUUAUCUGAUUUUCAGGCAUUUCCUUCGCCUGAGUAUUUCAAAGUUUCCGAUCAAAACUUGUGCGAACAAGCCAGUUAUUGUGCUCGUCUGAAGAACUUUGUAUAAUGUGCUAUGAAAUUGACAAUCAUUUCUGAAGGGUGAGAUGAGAUGCAAUGCUUGCUGGCGUGAACUGGAAGGACAGGCCAUCACCAGCACUUGUGGCCACCUCUUCUGCCAGGACGAUGCCAGUAAGAUUCUCAGCAAUGAUGCUGCUUGUCCUAUCUGUGAUCAAGUAUUGUCUAAAAGUCUCAUGAAACCUGUGGACGUCAGUCCAAGUGAUGAAUGGACAAAUAUGGCCAUGGCCGGAAUAUCACCACAGAUAUUGAUGAAGAGUGCCUACAGAAGUGUGACAUUCUACAUAGGGCAAAAGGAAUUGGAAAUGCAAUUCAAGAUGAACAGGAUAGUAGCUCAAUGUCGUCAGAAAUGUGAGAUGAUGCAAGAAAAAUUCUCUGAAAAGUUGGAGCAAGUGCAUACUGCAUACCAGAAAAUGGGUAAAAGGUGCCAAAUGAUGGAACAAGAGAUUGAGAGCUUAUCUAAAGACAAGCAGGAACUCCAAGAAAAAUUUGCUGAGAAAUCCAGGUUCUAUUUACUCCCCACCCCCCAAAAACAAAGAAAUCUAAUGGAACUGCAAAAGUGUGCUCUAAUUAUCCACUAUAAUCUAUUAAAUUUUUGGGGAAUCUGCAAGAGUACACUGUGCUUUUCUACUAGAAUCUGCUAUCAGUUGUACUUAAUCUCAGAAUUAAUAUUGCUCCUUAUCAGGCAAAAAAGAAAACUUGAUGAAAUGUAUGAUCAGUUGAGAGAUGAAUAUGAAUCAGUAAAGCGCUCAGCCAUUCAGCCAAAAAAUUUCUUUUCAAGAACAGAGCCAGAUUUGUUUGCGAAUAAUGCUAAUAUGAUGGACAACAGAGUUCACAUGGGAAAAGAUUGGUCGGUUCGCACUCCUGAAACUCCAGGGCCAAGAGAGGACAUUUGGCCUCCACCAAGACAGAACGGUUCUAACUCUGGCCCUUUCGAUAUCUCUAGUGGCUCCCCUGCAAGACAAUCAGCAAUACCAGUAGAUGCUGGAAACAGAAGGACAGGUGCAAGUUCUAUGCUUGGUGUUGGAACUGGAGCAGGAAACCCCACAAAGACCCUUAGGAAUCUCAUCUUUUCGCCGAUUAAACGACCUCAAGUCUCCCGCAAUCGGCCGCAGAUGUUCGCGUUGUAAGUGGGCAGAUAUUUCAGUUUCAAUAGUGUGGAGAAAUAUAUACUUGAGAUACAACGGCGGAUCAGGUUUCCUGACAUUUUCACUGUGAAUAUUUUAUGCAAUAAAGUGCCAGAUAUUGACAUGCUUGCUGACUUCGCUUGGUGGCAAAGUAAAGCUAAGAUGAUGUGAUGUGAUAUGAUUUACAAUAUAAUAGUUGCAACUUCUCUUACACUGUUAAGUGUAGGAUUCUAAUGCCACUAGAAGUCUUAACUUCUUCAAUAUUCCUUUCUCCUCCCCACUUUUUAAGGGCUAUCCUCAAUCGAAAAGAAUUGGAAAAGAAAAAAGAGGCAAGUGCUCACUAUAGAAUUACAUCCAUUUCUAAUGGAUGCAAGCUUACUAAAAUUAAAAGUAAAAUUACUGUUUACUGCAGUCACAUAGUUAUAUGCUUUACCAGUUCUGAUUUCUAAAGCAGCUAUCACCUCUAUUGAGCUUUACCUCCACACUACCAGUCCCAAAGUACUUCCAAGUUCCAAGUGAAAUUUCUCAAAAAGUACUUCAGAGUAUUGUUACUUUUUUUUUCUUUCUAAAUGUAGUAUGUAAGGGCUGUUUAGAACCUACAUGUGAUCUUCUGAAAUACUUCUAAAUUCAAGUCAUGUUCAUUUU